GAGUCGCGUUUGAUGGACUUGAUCAACUUUUGAUGGGAGUCCGGCAAUUUGUCAACCACGCUGACGACCACGCAACCACGCACCACGCAGCCACGCAGGCUACCACGCAGAAUUCUUCUUGCCCAUGAACAAUGGCUGAAUCCGCUCUACCAACUACAACCGGAACCAUCGAUUUCGUCGUUGGAGACCGCACAUUUCAGACAUGGUACAAGAUCCUGGGAGAUUUGAAGACUAGCAAGAAAAGGCCGAUAGUUAUGUUACAUGGCGGUCCAGGAUUUAAUCAUGUGUAUAUGACCCCACACGAAAGACUCUUUACGGAUGCUGGCAUACCGGUCGUGUUCUACGACCAAAUCGGCCUUUGUCAGUACCCUGAUUCUCCCGCCGAAUUCUGGACGGUCGACCUCUUCAACGACGAACUCGACAACCUGCUCAAGCAUCUCGGAAUCAGAGAUGACUUUGAUCUUCUCGGGCACUCGUGGGGAGGCAUCUUUGGUAGCGACUACGCUUCGAAUCGUAUGCACCCAGGACUCAAGCGUCUGAUUCUUGCCAACACGUUCUGUUCUUCCAAGCUCUACCUUCAGGGCGGAGAGUAUUGGAGAGACCAUCUUCCCGAUGGGCUCGGAGAGGUGAUUAAAAAGCAUGAAGCGGAAGGAACUCAGGACUCGCAGGAAUACAAAGACACGAUAACCGUUUAUCGGAACAUGCACCUCUGCACCUUGACCCCUUUGCCUGAGAAACUCCUCCAGUCGAUAGGGAAUGCGAAAGGCAACAGGCAUCCCGAGUUUACUAUGAGCAAGCGCCUGAAGGACUGGAGUGUCAUUGACGUCUUGCAUAACGUUACUUGUCCGACUCUUCUUAUUAGCGCGCCGCAGGAUGAUAUGUGGGAGCCAGCCGUCCGGCCGUUCUUCCUGAACAUUCCAAAAUGUAAAUGGGUUGAGUUGCAGAAUAGUACACACGUACCGAUGUAUGAGGAACCAGAUAACUAUUUCAAGAUACUCAUCGAUUUCUUGUCUAAUGUUGACGCCUGAGAUGUUUCGCUCAGAAUGUCGCCAUCCCAUUACAUACGAGAAAUUUCCAUAGAUGUUAUUUAAUCGCUGACUAGUGUGCGUACCUACUACUAGCAAUACAUGAUCCAAAAACACUAUGUACCAAUUCUAUAUUACCUAGUACAUAUAAGGAGAUAAGCCAGGUACCAGCAGAAUGAAGAGAAAAAGAAAAGAAAAGGGAAAAUAAAAUAAAAAACUUAAUCAAUUUUAGACCGGG